AAUAAAAUCAAGAAUGCUAACUCCUUGUGGUCGGCUGUUAAUAAACAUCCCAGCCAGGUUCCUCAUCCAACCUCAGGAAGCUACUGCAACUUGUGUUGUGCCAUGUCAAUUGAGGCAGUGAAGGUGGUGGUGGAACCAACAUCCACCCUUCAUGAUGAGGCUGUGAGUCUUACUGUGGAUGGCCUCAAACCCAAACAGAAUAUAACACUGGAGGCCUCAAUGACUGACAGCCGAGGAGUUCCAUUUUUUUCAUAUUCACAUUACAAAGCAAAUGAUAAUGGACAUGUGGAUGUCAACACCAUGGAGUCCCUUGGUGGUUCUUACAAGGGACUGUUUCCCAUGGGUCCCAUUGCCACCCUGUCUCCAAUGUUACAGAAACACAAAUACACUCGAUUCUUUAAAAAAGAUGUGGAGAACCCUAAUGUAGUGACUCUUUCAGCAUUUAAGGGCCAUCUAAGUCAUGACGAAUUGCUGGAUGAAAAUAGAAGGGAACCGUUGUCAACAACCAGCCACAUGAGGCACUACAUGGCUCCAGGAGUCCAGCGAAUCCCAGUCCGUUAUGGAAGCGUGCGUGGAUCCCUGUUCUUACCACCAGGUGAUGGUCCAUUCCCUGGUGUCAUUGACCUGUUUGGCACUGCUGGAGGCUUGUUGGAGUACCGUUCAGCUCAGCUUGCAUCUCGUGGCAUUGCCUCAUUUGCUGUGGGCUACUUUGGAUAUGAGGACUUACCCAAGAGUUUAGAAGAAUUUAAUAUUUUUUACUUUGAGGAGGCAGUCCAGUUUCUGCUGGAACAUGAGAAGAUUGUAAAACCAAAUCUGGGUGUUAUUGGUGUGAGUAAAGGGGCAGACCUUGGUUUGUCCAUGGCCACGUUCAUCCCCGAAGUCACAGCUGCAGUUUCCAUUAAUGGAUGCAUAAGUAGCGUGCAGUCCAAGCUUAACUUACAUAAUGGUGCAAUACCUGGAUUAGAAUUUGACCUUUCAGGAGUAAAGAUCAAGAAUGAUGUCAUGGACUGCUAUGAAGCUGUGAAUAACCCACUGGACUACCCUGAAACAAUCAUCCCUAUUGAAAAGGCAAAUGCAGACUUCCUUUUCCUAGUUUCUUGUGAUGACAGGAACUGGAAAUCUGAAGUGUAUGCAGACAUAGCCGUCGAGCGUCUGGAGAAAGCUGGCAGUAAAAACUAUCAGUUGGCAAUACUCCCUUGCAAGAAUCUGAAGGAGAGAUGUCCGCAGUUUUCUCAAUAUGGCUGAUCAUCCCGCACGCACCGACGUAAGUGUUAACAUUCAACACUCCCUGAACGUGCAGGUACGUUCGCAAGAGAGGCAUACAGAACCGACUCCUAUAGAUCUGGAUCUCCUCUUUCCAAUGGUGUUUUUGGUUUUUAGCUGUGAUGAACAUUUUUUGAGAUACAGAGGAUAAAAGAGACCCCCCAUUGGGCUGCCUGACUGCGCCUGAGGGGAUAGUUGCGUCCACACCACGCACAGGGAAAAGGUUAAAAAUGUAUAGUUUUCCACAUAGAAGUGUUAACACAUGGAACAGCUUGCAGGAAGAGGUGGUGGAGGCGAGUAGUGUCCAACGAAUGAAGGAGAGGCUGGAUGAAUGUAGAUAUGGAGAUGGGACUAUUAGAGUUUAGCUCGGGCCCAGUAGACUACAAAUAGGUAAGUACAAAUACAACUAGGUAAAUACACACACACACAGGAAAUUUGGUAAUAAAUCGCUCAGUUUGGCUAUGCAUAUUCAUGGAUUUGGUAAGCGCCCACUCAUGAAACUUGGCAACCCCACGCGGGUGUCGGGUUCCCAUCUUGGAGGAAGUAUUAAUUAUUCCUCCAAGGUUCUAAUGUUGGCUUAUAUCAUCGUAAGAACAGUGAAGUCUGAAUAAAUGUAGAUAUGGAGACAGGACUAUAAGAACUUAGCUCAGGCCUGGUAAACUAUAAAUAAGUUAAUACAAAUAGGUAAACACACACAUUAGGGUGGAGGAGGUGAUUGAGGGUGAAGGCUUGGUACUGAAAGUUAAAAUUGUGGGUGCUGAAGGAAGAAGGAGACAGUAUGUAGUAGGGUAUGUUCCACCAAGAACCAAUGCAUGUAAAGUCCGAGAAUAAGAGCAAAUGAUACAAGACACGGUGAGUUGCCUGGAUAGAAUGUUGAGGGUGUGAGAGAAUAAUUAUAAUGGGUGAUUUUAAUUACAAGGAGGUAGAAUGGGAGGAUUGGCUGACGCAGGGAACAGAAGAGUCGUGGGGAGGAAGACUCCUGCAACUGGCAAUGUACUGACUCAAUGGAUUAAGGAACAUACUAGAUUCGGGAAAGAAGGCGAGGCAUCAAGACUAGACCUGGUAUUUAGCAAGGAGCCAGAAGUAAUAGAAAAUCUUAAAGUAGAUUGUCCAAUAGCAAAGAGCGACCAUGUGGUUGUGGAAUUUGAAGUAAAAGAAAAGAGAACGAUUGACCGAAAAGAGGAUCACAAAAUUGGGAGAAGUAACUACUGUAAGACAGACUUUGUUUGCAUGAGAACUUUUUGACUCCGUGAGUGCGAAUAUUUUUUUAAUACUAUGUAUUUGUUUUCCAUAUGACAAAAUGAAAGGCAUAUCAUAAUUUAUAUCAUACAAGGAUUCACAACCACAACACAACACACACCAAAAAACACUAGAAAUGGGGAGAGUAAAUAAUGGAAAUUAGACCAUGUUCAUAUUAGCGGGGUCGAAGCGCCAUAAGGCAACUACCACAAAAAUGAUGUAGCCUGAAGCCGCUACAAUAUUGAAAACUAAUAAAAGGAAAAUAAGACGAUAUUCAUGUUAGCAGGGUCAAGGAGGCAGCAUAUACGAUGGGUGUAAUGUAUGACAGCAGUAUAUGGAGACGUUUUGAGGACGUAAUUUAUCAGAAAAAGGAUGGUCUCCGAUGCCCGAGUGUCUGAGAGAAGCCGACGUAUCUCUUACGUCUCUGACGCUUUACAGGUUAAGGGGAAUGAAUACCAACUUUAAAGGGAACUUGAUAACUAUAUAAGUUGGUAAAUAAUAUGGAAGAGUAAUACAGGAGAGACUCGAUUGUGCAGUCAGAAAGAGGACCGGGAAACCUAAGGGGACACAAGAACAUUCUGAAGAAGAGUAGAAGCAGGAUUGCACAAAAAGUAACGGCCUAAUUUCUUAAAACUCUGUGGAAAGGACUAGCAUGGGCCAAGAAUGAAGCUAUGUUGGGAAAGGUCUGAUAUUAACUGACAGAAAGAUUGAGAAUUAAAUUAAUGAUAAAAUCUAAAUGAAUCGAUGGCUUAUGUAAAAAUCCUCCUGUGCUUUGAGAGUAAACCACGAGUGCUUCCUGUGGGUAUUGGCAAUGCUUGGGAGGUAUUCUGGCCCAGAUCAUGAGUGCUUCAAGUGGGUACCCAAAGGAGCUGGGGGUUGUUCUGGCCCAACGUUGCCAGAUUGUCGUGCUCUGCAUCUUAUGUUUGCCGAUUUCCGACCAUAAAACUGCUUUCAUCACCCAAAUAACUGCCUUCAUAUAUGGUUAUCGUUUAAAUGGUUAAUUAAAGGUGUUUCUUGGCAAGUUAUGAGCCAGAAACCGGUAAAUACGCGGCUCUGAGUGCGAUAAUCUGGCAACCGUGGUCUGGCCCAGACCACGAGGUUUUUGGUAAGCAGAAGACGCUAUGAGACUGUUGCUCUUGGCAGAGGUCUGCGGUCUCUUUUUAGAAUGAUUUGACAUGCUUACAUGGAGCAAGAUAGUAGAUGAAAUUCAAAUGGGUAGUCACAGUUUUACUUAAAAAUGUGAAUGAAUUCAUAGUAAUGUAUAAAAAGGACACACAAGCCAACUCAGUCCUUGAGAUAUGAAUGGAUUAACAUCUACAUCAUCUUUUGUGGGCAUAU